AUGGAGGCGUGCAGGUUUCAUCCACCACUGCAGCACAAACCGUCUCCUCCCGAGCCCGGGUGGCACUUCCGGCAGAGGAUGUUCCUCUGGGCACCAAUGAGGAUGUGGGGGAUUCCUCUGAAAUGCACGCGGUGUGACCGGAAAAUGCACCACUCAGGGAUCUACCCGAAGGUGAGGGAGGUGAUAGAUGUGGAUACCCGCUACUACCUUGUGGGAGGGGACUAUCCACGUUGCAGCAAGUGUAUGCUGCCGGUCUGCCCAUGGAGCCAGGAAAUCCUUGCUCAACUGGAUGUGGCACAUAGGAGCCUGUUUCCCGCUGUCCUCACUACACAGCUAGCCCUGGAUAGGAAGUGUAUGACUUUCCUGAAGCCAAGGACCAGUGGGAACAGUUCCUCCUACCUCCAGUCUGCAGUAGAGGAAGCACACAGCGAGGAGUGGGCACGUCAGACCAUCCGCUACCUGUCUGACUGUGAGCUUCAUUUGAAGAUGGCUACCUUCGUCUCUUCUGCAGCUGUCCAUCUUCCUCCUCCACCCUUCAGGCCCCUUCCACUUGCCCAGUGGUUUGAGACGGUCCACUCCAACGACAUCCUCAGCCACCUGGAAGAGAUGAAGGGGGUGAUCACCUCUACCUAUGGUAGAAUUCUGAAGAUGGACUCUACAAAGAAGAUCACCAAGAAGCUGGCUGGCAGUAUAGGGGACACCGCUGCAUGGAUGUCCAACAUCGGCAACGAGCUUGGCCAGGUUCUGAACAGUGUUCUGACGACAGGUGAAGGUGCAGGGCUGGAAGAGUUGUGCCAGGGCAUCGUCACACGUUAUGAGAAUGCUGGACAAGCUGAGCCUGAGGCUAUCUAUGUUGACCGGGACUGCUGCAGCCAGUCAGGUGUGUCGUCAGUGCUGAGACUCUUUCGACCAUGGAAGUUUGUCGUCCGUUUAGACGUCUUCCACUUCAUGCGAAGGUUUAACUGCGGCCUCACUACUGAGCACCACCCUCUCUACGGUACCUUUUGCUCCAAACUUUCCGCCUGUAUCUUUGAGUGGGAUCAGGAGGAUGUGCAACGGCUUAAGGAGGCCAAGAAAGGGGAGUGGAAGAGCAGCCAUGGCGGAAAUGCUCCCACUGAGGCACUGCUCUUGGCCAGUAUCAGCACUGGUGAAAUGUGGAGGAAAUCCGGGUCAUGA